CCGGAGACCCUCCCGGCGCCGCGUCGGCCGCUGCCGUCCGCCCAGUCGGCCCAGAGCCGGGCGAGGCCGGGCGGCGGUCUUGCCGGCAUGUUUGAGCGGCAGACGCCGGCGGCCGGGAGACGCUGGGGCAGGGGCGGGGCCUUGCGGCUCCGUCGCCGCGACGCGAGCGGAGCCGCGUCUUUCCGCCCUGCGGUGGGGACGCGGGACACGUGGUGGGAAGGCGGAGGUCGCGUUCGGCGCAGGGCCUGCCCUGGGCCCGUGACAAGGAUCUGUCAUUCUACCGAAACCUUCACGCUGGGCUGGCAGUAGUUAGUUGCUACGUGGUUUGAAUGGCCUUUCCAAACGUCAACUCACAGAAUGUGUCCUCUGCCAUCUUCAUGCAAAAUAUCCUUCUGCUUGCUCAUCCUUCAAGACUCAAGAAUCAUCUUUGCUGCCAAGUCUCUUCUGAUAUUCCUAGCAGCGUCAGAAGAAUCCUCACAGACGUCUGAGAAAUCUUCAUUCUAUGGACCCUCCUUUGCAAGCAGCUUUCUAGACUCCAGAGGUUUGCUCAUAACCACUGGCAGAAAUCCUGUGUGUCUGUUUCCCAACAUGGGGUCAGGUCACGCUCUCCCAUGCCUCUGGCUUUCAACUGGAGAGAUUCCCAUCUAGGAUUCUAAUUUCGGGACUUUUCUUCCACACGGUCACCAGCCCUGGAGAAAUGAUGCCUGUAUGUGACGAAUGAAAGUAUGGAAGUCCAGAGACUUCAGGAGUCAGUCAAGAUAGCCUAAGGGCAAUGAAAGCAUAGAUCUAAAUCUUCUCAUGGGCCUGAAGACAGAACUUUUACUGUAGGAGCCAUUUAGUCUUUACCUGUUUUCUGGAGAUUAUGAUUCCAAUAUGAUGGAGAAGAUUGCAUUCAUUAAUUUAAUUCAAAGAAAUUGCUCUGGCUGCUGCAAUUAAUAAGUUGGAUUAAUAUUUGUUUACUAGAGGGUCGAUGGUUCCACAUUCACGAAUUCAGUGUUUACGGCGACUUCAUAGAACGUAACUACCGUGGACACAAGAAUCAACUGGUAUCUCCUUUCGUGAACUAGGAAGCUGAGACCUGGAGGCAUGUGCCCGAAGGCUUUCUGUGUAAGUUUAUAGCCUUGUGAGAAGACAAGACUUCACAGAAAUAACUAUGGAAAUUAAAAGAGGCAUGAAAAUUGCUGUGACAUCCUGAUGGACUAACUCCAGCCUGGCGAGAGUUAGGAAAAGCUUCACGAAAGAGCCACGUCCUGAGCUGCCCUGUGGAGAGACCCACAUGGAAAGGAACUGAUGUCUCCGGCCACCAGUUACCAGGGACGGAGGUUGCCCAUGGCCACAUGAGUGAGCGUGGAAGCAGACCCUGCCCCAGUAGAGCCCCAAGAUGACAGCAGCCCCAGGUGUUGAGUGGGGCUUGGUGUUUCCGGACGCUAAUGGGGAGUACCAGUCUCCCAUUAACUUGAACUCAAGAGAAGCUCGAUACGACCCCUCGCUGCUGGAUGUCCGCCUCUCCCCGAAUUAUGUGGUCUGCCGGGACUGUGAGGUCGCCAACGAUGGGCACACCAUUCAGGUUAUCCUGAAGUCAAAAUCAGUUCUCUCCGGAGGUCCAUUGCCUCAAGGGCAUGAAUUUGAGCUGUAUGAAGUCAGAUUUCAUUGGGGAAGAGAAAACCAGCGUGGUUCUGAGCACACAGUUAAUUUCAAAGCUUUUCCCAUGGAGCUCCACCUGAUCCACUGGAACUCCACCUUGUUUGGCAGCAUUGAUGAGGCUGUGGGGAAGCCCCAUGGAAUCGCCAUCAUUGCCUUGUUUGUUCAGAUCGGAAAAGAACACGUAGGCCUGAAGACUGUAACUGAAAUCCUCCAGGAUAUUCAGUAUAAGGGGAAGUCCAAAACAAUACCCUGCUUUAAUCCUAACACUUUAUUACCAGACCCUCUGCUGCGCGAUUACUGGGUCUACGAAGGCUCUCUCACUAUUCCGCCCUGCAGUGAAGGUGUUACCUGGAUAUUAUUCCGAUACCCUCUAACGAUAUCCCAGCUACAGAUUGAAGAAUUUCGAAGGCUGAGGACACACGCAAAAGGGGCAGAGCUUGUGGAAGGCUGUGAUGGGAUUUUGGGAGACAAUUUUAGACCCACUCAGCCACUCAGUGACAGAGUCAUUAGAGCCGCGUUUCAGUAGCUGAAGAGAGCAGGAGCCGGUGCGUCUUCAUCUGGGAGGAAGACAAUGGUCCUAUAGUGCCCUUGGGUGAGAAACGGAAACUUUGAGCUGCAGCUUCGGUUUAUCCUCAAAGCCUGCGUUGUUUGUCUUCAUCUAAUCGAGCUUUGAUGGACAUCUGUGACAGCUGCCUGUACACGUGCUCUAAUGAAAUAUUAGAAAUGGCUGUAAAUUCAAAAGAAACCCCAUAUUAUGUAUCCGUAUCACUGCUGCUAGUAUUCAUAUUUUGCACAUACUGUUUAUUGCUUAUGUGUAGAAGAAAUGAAACUAGUUUUCAGAGUUAUUAAUAUGAAUAUAUAUCAUGUAUUAGUACUGAGACAGGAAAAAUACAUUUCCAGCGUUCGCAGUCCUUCAUUUCCUGUCUCCAACAGAAAAUCCACUCAUUCAGAAAAUAAUGUAAUUCUUGAUAAUAAAAUGAGAGUUUUGAUCAAGAACAGCAUACAGCUCCAAAAUGGAAUGUGAAGGAUUAGUAAAAAACAUAUCUCAUGUUACUUUGCAACCCUCAUACCACUGUUAAUGUCAGGGUGAUUUGUUAUAAAACAUGAUUUGGGAGUUAAUGUAAGAACAUAAUACUCACUUCAUAUAUUACUUUCUUAGUUAAAGGAUUUAAUUGAAUAUAUGAAUCUAAUCAUACUUAUUUGACAUAUUAGAAGCUGAGGUUUCUAGGAAUUUGAGAAAGGUAUAAGAAAUAAAUAGGCUAAAGAGAAAGUGGAUACUUUAUUUUAUAGCUUUAUUUUCCAUGAUAGAAACAUAAAUUUAAUAGUAUCCUAUAAUAAUUUAGUGUUGUACAUUUUGUAGGACUUCAAAAUAUUUUAUUGAGAUCUUUGUUUUGAAGGUGAAUCAUAUACUUAUUUUAAUUAAUUUUAAGUGCUACUGGCAAAUUUAAGCAUAUACUUAGAUGCAGUUAGAUGUGAUAGAAUGAGAUAAUUUAUGUAAAGCAGUAGAGUGCCUGGCACAAAGCAAGUACUUAAUAAUGUUAUUAGUUGUUGUUAUAAUUGUUGUAAAACUAACAACUUCAAUAACAUAGACUCAAUUUUGAGGGAUUUUGUGAUGCAGAAUAUCUAAGUUAGAAAUAGAAAAUAAUACAGAUGGAAUAAUUAUGUGUUGAGAGAUUUUAGAUGUGUUGGAUAAAGGUUGUAAUAAUGAAAAGCAUUAAAUGCAAAUAAAAAAAUCAUACCAAGUAUCCCUGAAAACAGAAACUAAGAAGGUUCACGGUGGAGCCUUGGGCAGGGAGAGAAAGGACCAGAGCUGCCCCAGAGAGAGGAAGCGGAGGCGGAUGAAGGGUCAGCAUCUAACAAAGCCCUGGACCACAUGAGGGCGGCAUCAGGCAGAGCCUCUGAGAGGCAAAGGCAGUCCCGGGUUUCUCCCUUCUUUAGUUUCUUAUAUACAAAAAUGAAGAAAUGGCAAAGCAUGGCUACAAAAACUUGGCAUAUUUAAAUACAUAUCUUAUAGACUAAAACUGAUACCACGUACUUGUGAGACAUUGGCUGCAGGUGUGGCCUCAUUUGCAGUUAACAUCAAAAGACAAAAUCAAAACCCUCUCAUGAGUGAGAGGCCAACAGGGCUGCUGGCACUCCUCUGGUAGACCCUGCGUUCAGGCCCUGGGGCUAAACAGUACAUGGGCACCCAGUGUCACUGAUCCUGAUGUGGUUGGUACUGAGCAGCUGGGGACCAUUCUUGGACUUAACUUCUGAUGCUUCCUGCAGUCUCCAAUCACUUGUCCCUGAAAAAUACAAAAUAAGCAUAGCAACAAAAACUAAUUCAAAUGACUUUCAGGGUAAUAGCUUGUUGCCCAUAUUUCCCCUCCAAAAUAUCUUUUUAAAUUGAAGGAAUCAAAUGUAUUUACUGGAUAUUUUCUGAUUCAAAAGACUGAAAUGAACUACUUGCUUCAGCUUGUGUUGUUCAUUGGUGAGAUUGUGUGGAAGCUUAUAUUCUUUAAUGUGGGAAACCCCUUCAUUCCACCAUUAGGUACCUCAGACUCAGAUUAGGACUGCUGGUUGUAGUGAUGCUUUUGUGGGAAUGAAGUUGAAAGAGUAAUUUGUCAAUAACAAAAGUGUAAAUGACUGGUCAGAAAUCUAUCUAGUUUUGAUGGUGGCAUGGGAAAGAAAAGUAUGGGAUGGACCUGGAAAUUGGAGAAGAAGCCUCCCAAAGCAGAAGUGUGUGUAUGGGGUAGUUAACUAGGGAUAAGGGACAAAUUUCACAGAUCUUGAAAUUUAAUUUAGGGUGGAUUUUGUUUACCUGAAAAAAGGGCAAACUGAGGGUUUUCUUCUCAUAUGGUUUACACGUAUAUAAGCACCUCUUAUUCAAGUUAAUUAAUGUAGCUGAUAGUAUGUAAUGUAAUAUUGAUCUCAGAAAGUUUGUCAGUUAAGGUAAUUUGAGUCAUUUUGUUGGUCAGUCUAGCUGAAAGACUUGCUGAUUUUGUUGAUCCUUGAUCCUUUCAAAGAACCAACAUUUGAUUCUGUUGGUUUUCUCUACUGUGUUUUUAUAUAAUCUUUAUUAUUUCCUUCCUUCUACUUGCUUUGGGUUUAUUUUGUGCUUUUUCCAUUAUCUUAAGAUGGAAGUUUAGGUAUUGGUUUGAGAUCUUUUUAAUAAAGGCAUUUAUAGUUUUAAAAUUUCCUCUAAGCAUUGCUUUAGCUGCAUCCUAUAAGUUUUGUUUGUUAUGUUUUUGUUUUCUUUCAUCUCAAAGUAUUUUCUAAUUUGCCUUGUGAUUUCUUCUUUGACCCAAUGGUUUUCUAGGAGUGUGUUGCUUAAUUUCUACAUAUUUAUGAAUUCCCAAAUUUCUGAAAUUUAGUUAUAAUUUUCAUUGUAACACACUUUGUGUGAUUUGAAUUCCUUUAAACUUAUUGAGGCAUGUUUUAUGGCCUAGAUAUGGUUUAUUCUGGAGAAUGUUCCAUGUGUAUUUAAGAAGAAUGUGUAUUCUGCUGUUGUUGGUGUUAUGUUCUAUGUCUAUUAGAUCUAGUUGAUCUUCUGCAUAUUUCUAUCUAUCAUUGAAAACAGGAUAUUGAAGUCUCCAGCGAUUAUUGUUGAAUUACUUAUUUCUUGCUCCAGUUCUGUCAGUUUUUUUUUUUUCAUGUACCUUGGGACUCUGUUGUUAGGUAUAUAUACGUUUAUCAUUUUUAUAUCUUUCUGAUGGAGUUAUCCUUUUAUCAUUAUAAAAUGUCUCUCUUUAUCUCCAGCAACAUUUUUGUUUUAUAAUAGACUUUCUAAGACAUUAGUAUAACACUCCAGCUUUCUUAUGGCUGCUGUUUGUGUGAUAUGUGUUUUUCCAUCAUUUUACUUUCAACCUAUUUGAUCUUUAAAUCUAAAGUGUGUCUCCUGUAGACAGCUUAAAGUUGGAUCUUGUCUUUCCAUUUAGCUUGACAAUCUCUGCCUUUUGAUUGGAUUGUUUAACCCAUUUAUAUUUAAUGUUAUUGUCGAUAUAUUUAGGUUUAUGUCUGCCAUUCUACUUUUUGUUUUCUACCUGUCUCGUGUCUUUUUUUGUUUGUUUCUCUGUCCCUCCUUCAUUACUCUCUUUUGCAUUAAGUGACUAUUUUCCAGUGUACUAUUUCUUUUUUUUUUCUUUUAUUAUUCUCCAGUGUACUAUUUCAAUUGCUUUAAUGAUUUUUUAAAACUUUGUUUGGAGUUUAUUUUCUUAGUGGUUGCUCUAGGGCUUACCAUAUGUUGAUACAUGUUAAUUUAUUAGAAUCUACUUCAGAUUUAUGUUAAUGUGAUUACAGUUGGUGUUCUUUGUUCUUGUCAACUGCCUCUUGCCCUAGGCAAAAUCUGUGAGUCACAGCUCAGGAGCUAUGGGUAGGGACAGUGGUUUGCUUCUUGUGGAGUGACACUCCUGCUUUGCAGACAGGGUUCUGGAUAGGGGCAGAAGCCUCUGGUUUUUGUGGCUUGCCUCUCCCAGACUGAAACUUCCACCCUAUGAAUAAGCCAGGGUGAAGGUGAUCAAGGUCCUAAUAUUCUCAGCCUGCUGCACCUGGUGUAGAACGUCUGUUCUGUGAGUGGGGGCUGGGUGGAAGAAGGGGGCUUAUGAGCUCUUGGAAUUUAGCCUCUGUAAACCUUUUAUGUAUCCCUUGGUUGGGAUUUGAGGGAAGAGGGAGCCCCAUCUUCCUGGCCUUACCCGCUUAGAAUGGAUAGUUAAUCAUGCUAAACUGGAGUGAGUGUGUUUAUGGCUCAAAUUCUAAAUAAUCUUAUUGAGAUUUAGGAGAUUUUUCUUGAAUACAUUUUUUCUCCAUUUGCUGUAUGUCCUUGGGAAAAUUUCCAGACACUUUAAAUUUCUUCUUCUUCUUCUUUUUAUUCUAUCAGGUAUGGUAGCUGCACUGGGAAGCAGGUCUGUGGAGCUUCUCACCUGUCCAUUCUGGGUGUAAUGCUCUGUCAUCUAAGAUGGCACAUUACUCAAAAUGUCAGGCUAUCAGAUUCCUUUUGGAAUUUUCACUUGAGUAAGCAUAUGUUUUCAAAAUUGUGUGUCAAAUAUCAUCAUUGUGAUUAAGGGUAGACUCAUGCUUUUGGAUAACUUAAAGUUUCUUAAAAUGAAAAUGAAGUUGACAUAACAAUGAUAGUAGUUAACUUUUUGAGUUAAUCACUCUGAAACUUCUCCAUUUUAUUUUUCUAUUUAAUUAAUUAAAAACAGUUAGUAUAUGCUGAUUAAUGAUUUUCAAGUCUGACCUCUACAAACUGAGCCUCAAGAUGGCAUGUGCAUGAAUAGACACUCAAUAAACCUCAUUUUCCUUAGAAUCUAUUCACUUCUAUUAGAAUAUAUUAAUAUAGCAAAUAUUGAUAUGAUAAAAAGCAACCUAUAUUUUAUUUAAUACAGAAUAUUAUUUGGGUCAUAGUAUAGAGUAUUAUAUAAAAGACAAGGCCUUAUACACCGAUGAUGUAAUGCAGUUCCUAAAGAUAAGCUCACAGAAACCUUUGUUCCUUUUUUUCUAUGUUCCCUUCCUUUGUUUAGAGGUAUUUCCUGUGCUACUUCUGUGUGAAACUCUUAACUGACACUCAGGUAGUGAGGUGGUGACACGUGACCCUUCAGACCAGUGUUUUUUUUUUUUUUUAAGAAAGAUAAAAACAACAUAGAAGAAAGGCUUUUAAUGGAAACUUUGUGUUGUGUCAGACUUAGAUUACAUUUUAAUAAAGUAUACUAGAAGUUUUAUACUUCAGGUUGUACAGGAAUCCCCGCUUGGAAAUGACACUAUUGAGUUUUGAGAAACUUUUCAAUUUCUGAAACUUCAGUGAAUCUGCAUAAACGACUGACUUGUAACGCUUCUACACCUCCACCACCCAAUGGGACACUGCAGUUUAGUGAGUCAAUAAAAUUUAAGAAAUUUCUUAGAGCUGCUCCAGAGACCUAGAUAUGCUUGUUUUACUCCCUUUUGGGCCUGAUUCAUUUCCAGAAUAACUCUACUGCACACUUCCUUUGAUAAACUUUAAUUGCUUUCAAAUUACAUUGGAAUUUAGUCAACCUCAAUAGGAAUUUCCUUGUGAAAUUAUAUUAGAAUCUGGCCCAACGGGAUUUUUUUUAAAAAAUGCAUAAUAAAGUCUAUACAUUGCAUGAAAAACAUUUUAUCUUUUAUAACAUAAAGAUGCUUCUUUAUGGCAUGAAAGAAAUCUACAGUGUUCUUACAGCACAAGACUGGGAUGAAAAUUGACUCCUUGAAAUUUCAGUCAUAUUAAAUAAAUUUCCUAACAAAUGCUGCUUUCAGCAAAUCUCAUUUGAAUAAAAUAACCUUAAAACAAAAAAAAUCUUUAUACUUAACAUGAUUUCUUUCCCCCUCUUUUCUUCUGCUCAGAAAUUAUCUUCAAAUGACAUAAGUCCAAAUAUUCAAGAAAUAUGUUUGGGGCCCUAUUAAAAAAUUCAGAUGCACGUCUAAUGAAGUCGUUUAUGAGGAUUUUGCCUUUGCUCUUAGGCUCAGUAGUUACAGUGGUCAAGCUCAGCCUUCAUACCUAACCAGAAACUUGAAGCAGUUUAGGAAGAACUGGGACCAGCUAAGAAAAACCUACAAUUCCACAGAUCUUUAUUUUCUAAGUCCACAGAAAAGAAAUGUGAAUACAGUUCUUCUGGUGGGGAAAUUGGUUUUCCCAGGAAGAGGAAUUAAUGCUUCUAGAGCACCAAGGAGGUGAUUUUCUCAUUUAUGUAAGUGUGAGAAAUGUCCUAAGUGGUACUCUGUUAUGCGAGACAAGUACAGGUGAGCAGUUAACUCCAAGGAACUGUGCAUCUCACAGAGGCCAGGGCCAUUAUUACUGCUAGUCCUUGCACGAAACUAUGUAUUUGAAAACAUUUUAUGGACAUUGAUUACACCUAUUAUUUCUCAAUGAAGUUCCGACCCUUGGGCUCCAGUCUCGCGAGUCUCUGUUCUCAACACCCCACUCCCUCCCCAUCUCGAAGACUAGAGGGUCCAUCGUUGCUAACUUCUACAUCUUUGGCAAGAGAACACAUAUUUUCACUACUAUCCUCGGAGGCCUUUUCUUAUUUCUGGAUUACUGACAAUUGGUCUGUAUUGUUUUUUAUCAUCUCAUGCAUUUGUAUUAAAUAUAUUUGAAUCAUCAUAAUCACUCUAUUGUGGGAACUGGCUCAAAGGAGGCAGACAACAUUUAAGCCAGAAGAAGCUUUUUUAUUUCUUUCUUUCAAUCACCUUUUAAAAACUGGUCACAUAGGAUGAUGUAAUUGAUUUCUGGGGUUUCUUAAUUCUGUCCUCUGAUUUAGCUGAGGGUAGACUUUCUUUUUUUGACCAGAAAGAAAAAUGUGUCAAGUAUAUGUGUGGUCAAACCUAUGCAUCUGCUGAAGAAUUAUUUUUAUUUUGAACUGUUUUAGAAUAUUUCCAACUUUCCCCAACAGUAUUAAUUUCCACCACCACCCUGGGAAGCCGGAAGAUGGGUAGCAGUAGCUCCUGCAGGUGAACUGUGGCCAGAGAACAGCUCAGCCAGUGGAGACAAACGGUGCUUCCCAGGAGAAUGCGGUAUGUGAGAAGAGAAUGUACCUGGGGUGGGUGCACACAUGAAAGAAGCUGUGAAGACGUCCCAAAAGGAGCAGAGAAUUUCAAUGAAGCCAGACCCGCUGUAGAGUAGUAGCUGUAGCUGAUACAGGUCAAUACCUUGGAUGAUUCAAAGUGGUAUUCGUAACGCUGUUCUCUGGGCAAAGUUCUGUCACUGCAAGUUAUGUGCUUACAUCCUGUCAUGCGAUCAGAUGGGCGGGGGUAAUAGCGGUUCAAGGCACAGACAGAAACAUUUAAACAUUGACUUAAAUGUUGGAUCUGAGUCCUGCAGGAGAUGUGUGACCUUGGUCCGUAUACUUAACCUCAUUGGCCUCAGUUUCUUUGUCAUUAUUCUUACUACUUAAAUCUUGGUAUACUUAAUCUCAUUGGGCCUCAGUUUCUUUGUCUUUAUUCUUACUACUUAAAUCUUGGUAUACUUAAUCUCA